UUCCUUCCUCGUCGGUCUCAUAUGACGGAUCUGUUUAUGAUUAUUUCCUGAACACAGUUUGCCUUCUUCUAUUCUCUCUUUCACCUAAGGCAGAAAGAACGAGGGCGGAGGGAGAAAUUUGAAAAGUUGAAAUUGAAACCCUAGGAAGCGAUGUCUGAGCAAUCCAGCAAUAGUGACUGGUGUUUUGACAUAAAGGAGUUAUUAGAGAUAAGGACAAGAUGUAGAGAGUUAAGGAAAGAAAAGGAUUUGUUGAGAGACUCACAAAUGCAGAGCUUUGAAAUCAUCAGAAAAUUAGAAGAGCAGGUACAAACAUUAUCUUGUGCCCACGUGGAGGACAAGAAACGGAUCCAGGAGUUGGAAAGGGAGCUAAAUAACUGCUCACAAGAAAUAGAUUACCUGCAGGAUCAGCUCACACUAAGCAACUCAGACAAGGAAGUUUUGGAGGAAGAAACUGGGAGGUUAAAAGAGGAACUAGAGAUUUCAAAGGCUGAGGGGUUUAUGUUGUUGGAAAAUUUGGAAAGCAAGGAGUUGGAGCUUCAGAGUUCAUCUUUGUUAAUAGAGAAACUAGAGGAGUCUAUUUCAUGCGUGGGAUUGGAUUAUCAAUGUGAAAUUGAGAGCCUGAAGCUUGAUCUAACAGCAUUGGAUCAAAAUUGCCUUGAACAUAAAAAGUCGCAAGAGCAGACAGCUCAAAGAAAUGCAUCGUUUCAUGAUUUUCAGCUUCACUUCCAGAAUACAGAGGACUAUAUUGAUUAUUUAGAGAAGGAGAAUGCAAUUCUAAAGGAACAACUUCAAACAUGUGAAAAGAACGUCAAAGUGUUUUGCCAAAAUGUGGAAGAGCAAUUUCCAGAAUGGAUAAUUACUGGGCAUGAAGAAGUGCCAGAGAAUAAUGCCAGCUCAUGUGGAGACAUUUUGGGUCCUCUCCUUACCAAACUCGCUGUUCUAGGGGCAUCCACAGUCAACCGUAAGGAUGAGACAAACACAGUGUCUCAUCAAAUACAAAGAUACGAAUCUCUUUUGGCAAAACUUAAGAACUGAAGCUUGAAAGGUUAAAGGCAAAAGAAGAAGCAGAGGAUUUAGCUCAGGAAAUGGCAGAACUAAGAUACCACAUGAUGGGGUUGCUUGAAGAAGAGCAAAAACGGCGUGUAUGCAUUGAGCAAUUGUCUUUGCUGAGAAUCUCAAAGCUGGAGGCUCAGGUAUCCAAUAAUUUUAUACAUUGUAGCCCAAGGUGCUGAUUGAGAUAAAGACAUGUUCAUUUGGACUGGAAUAUCCUGGUCUGGCCUGGACUUGAUUAGGUAGUCUGUUAUGUUUAAGCAUAGCCCGGUCUAGUGUGUUUAAGAAUGGUCCGGUCUUUUGUGUUCUAGUUUGAUGUUAUGUGUAUUUUAUUACGAAGUAUUACUUAAUGAUGGUAUAUCCUUCUUUGGCCUGAUGUGUUUGAGACUGGUUUUGUGAUCUGUUGUGAUCUGUUGUGAUCUGGUCUAAGCGAACAUGUCUUUUAUUGUCAUUGUAAUGAUAAAUAUUAUUAUAUUAAUGAAGCUUGAUAAAGAACGAAAGAAAUCAGAUGAACAAGAGCUUGUGAAAACUAUCUCCACUUCCGAAUUUGCCCCUGAAGCGUAAAACACCGGUUGUGCUUCUCGAGGUCUGACUGCCAAGACAAGAGGCUGUUUUUUUACUUGCUAGAGAGGGAAUGCUGAGGUGAUCAUCUUCAGUAUGCUACUAUCCAUCUCCAACCCAUUGGAGAUUGCAUUGCUGUGCAGUGGGGUUUUCAUGGCAAAUUUGAUAAAACUGUAUGUGUAGUAGGGAUUAGAAGUCAAGUUUUCAUGUCAAUUUUGAGAUCUAUUUUGAGAGCCGGUUAUGAGGCAUGGAAAAUAGAGGUCGAUAGUACUUUUAGAUUUGUCAAAUGAGUGCCAAUGUUCCAUAAAGGUCGAUAGUACUUUUAGAUUUGUCAAAUGAGAAUGUGAUCUAUUGAUGUUGAAAAGAGUAAGAAUGAAUCUUGUGC